UCGCAGGACCUGUAAUCAACAAACUUUUCAGCAUGGAGUUCAACGCUUGGACAGUUGGAGACACAGUCAUUUUUCUGUUUAGCUUUUAGUACUAGUACUAGUAGUAGUAUCACGGCUUGUGAGCGCUCGAGCAGGCGUUGGACUUAUUUUAGUUGCUGCUUGUCUAGUAAUAGUACGCAUGGCAGUAAAGCCUCUUGCACAGUUGUUGCAGGCUCGCUGCUUGAGCUACGUGUACGGGUAGGAGAAAUCACUACUACUAGCCUGAUCUCGCCCAACUCGGCUCAGAAGUAGGCUACAUAAUCGUCAUUUUGUAUUGGAAAGACUAAAACCGUUGUUACUUUAGAUCAGGGCAACGGCACACUACGGGCAGGAUGGUGCUGACUGGCUGCGCUCUAGUUCCGCAUGGAACAAUGAUGCUGGACCUGGAUGUUGAAGGAUUACCUCAAGGCGUACCGGAGCUGUAUGAACGCACCAUGGCCAUGAUGACGGAGAUCAACUCGCUGGACAUUGAUCUCUUGGUGCUGGUCACACCGCAUGGCCUCUGCUUGGAGAGGGACAUCGGCAUCUACACCAACAAGUACGCAGCCGGCAACGCCGAGUGGAACGGCAUGUGGGGACACGUCAAGGCCGAUAUAAAAUUGAGCCGCAAGUGUAGCCGGGAGCUGUUAGAUGCAUGGCGUGCGGACGGUGUCGGUGUUCAGGGAGUGAACGCACUGACCAGCUGCCCUACCGUACUCAGCUGGGCUGAGGUGAUUCCCAUCUGGAUGCUCAAGAAACUAGGCUACGCAGGUAAAAUCAUCAUUGUGUCGAUGCCGCACUCUCAGAUUUCCAACGGAAUGGCUACCGACCCUGCUCACGUCGACAACAUUCACCGGGCCGGAGAGAGGUUAGCAGAGUACUGCGACACGGGAAUGUGGAGCGAUGACCGCGUGUUUGUGGCAGUAUCAGGUGAUUUGGCCCAUGCCCACCCGACUCUCUGUACCAAUCCAACCUUCCUACCUCACCCGACGUGGAGCUUGCCGAAGAGUCCCGCCGAAGCCGUGGAGUUUGAUCGCAAGUUCGAGGAGUGGGUGGUAGACACUCGGCGAGGUAAGACAUUGGCCGGCCGCUGCUUAGAGCUGGAAGUGCGCGCUUUAUCCUGCGCCCUGGCCGGUUGUCUCUUGCUCGAGGGUGCAAUGUUCUCUCAACACUUGCGGGACAGCGCCUUCGACGGCAAGGUGUUCGUCAACAAAACACCAACCUAUUUCACUAUGAUGGCUGCUCUGUUCACGCCGUGUGGCUGACUCGUAGCGCCUAGCAUCUAGUAGUAGACAUGAUGUCGUUGGAUCAGUGAAAGUCUAUACCACAACGAUGUGUCAAUGAAGUAUUCGGAUAUUCGGAUCCUGCUGAGGUAGGCAUCAUUUACACGCCGCCUGUAGCUGGCCAAAUUGGACGGAGAGGCAUUUAAUCCGGAACAGAAGGACGUGUUGGACAUGAAUGUGCGGUAGACUGGUGACAUGGUAAUGCAAGGGGCAGCUGGAUGUGCUCUGCUGUCAUCGGCGAUUCAUUACUGGACGUACUAAUAACAUAUGUAGUGACGUUGUAGCCAUGCCGAUAUCAAGCAGUAUGAAGUCCUGUAGUAGAACACAUACUGUACCUAAAAUUUUGAUUGGCUAGUUCUUGUCUGUGUGACGGCUGAUAUCAGAAUGAAGACGAGUUAUACUCGGUCAUUUGUUUGGCGCCACCUCAAUGCUAGAGGUAUUGCACCAUUCUUUUCACAUCUUCUUCAAUGCUCAUGACUGUACUUGGAUCGGGUUUUGCUCAGCAAAUCGUACUCUUCUCACCUGAUGUAGUCUAUACAUGAUUGUAUGUGUAUGCAGUAGUGCCAGUAGCUCUGCCUUUUGACCUUGGUUUGUAACAAUCCUGGAGAUUGCCUAAGGCUGAUAUUAUAAUAAUAUUAUUAUACUAUUUUGUGCAUUACAGUUUAGGGACAAAAUUGCCCAGGAGUCUUUGACGGAAUUAUUUCAAUUAUGGCGACAUUAUUUAUUACCCCAGAUGGAGAGCCAUACAUUUCUGGAAAGUGUGUUUGCCAAAUUCUUCUUUUCUCUGAAGUACAACUGCCUGCUAUUAUAGUGUAGUGAUUGUUACGUUGUCAGACCUAUGGGCCUGUGAUGCUGAUUUCAUUUGUUUCUAUAGUAUCUGUGGUCCUCUCCCAGGUCUGGCUGCCGUAUCUAGUGUGAAUCCAAAGCUGGCAUUUCCCAAGGUGGAUUUCUAUUGUCUGGCAUGCCGCAUAUCAAAGUAGCCGUAUACAAACUGGUGUUUUCUACUUUCGUUCAUUGUGAACAUUGCUGCGGUCUUUGUUCUUUUCAUGUCUUUUCUCGCUUCAGCUGUUCUCUAUAUCCAUCCUUUGCUCAGCCUCUAUUUGUAUCUUCCUUCAAUAUUAUGUACAUAGUGCACAAGAAAAGUGUCGUUAUUGGCGA